GCAUCAUGGCUGCUGCACCAAGCGUAGGGCACCUGCGGCGUUGUGUGGUGUCCCCGGCGGGGAGACACAGUGCCUCGGUGAUAUUCCUGCACGGCUCAGGUGAUUCUGGCCAAGGACUGAGACAGUGGAUCAAGCAGGUGCUAAACCAAGACUUAACAUUCCGGCACAUAAAGAUUAUUUAUCCAACGGCUCCCCCCAGGCCAUAUACUCCUAUGAAGGGAGAGCUCUCCAAUGUGUGGUUUGACAGAUUUAAAAUAUCUAAGGACUGCCCAGAACACCUUGAGUCAAUUGAUAGAAUGUGUCAAGUGCUCACUGGAUUGAUUGAUGAGGAAGUGAAAAACGGCAUCCAGAAGAGCAGGAUAUUAAUAGGAGGAUUUUCUAUGGGAGGCGGCAUGGCGAUGCAUUUAGCAUAUAGAAAACACCAAGAUGUGGCAGGAGUGUUUGCUCUUUCUAGUUUUCUGAAUAAAGAAUCUGCUGUUUACCAGGGUCUUCAGCAAGGUGAUCAGCAAGGUGACCGCGUGCUCCCUGAGCUAUUUCAGUGUCACGGCACUGCAGAUGAGCUAGUUCUUCACUCUUGGGGCGAGGAGACAAACUCAAAACUGAAAUCUCUAGGAGUGAGCACAACGUUUCACAGUCUUCCAAACAUCUACCAUGAGCUGAACAGAACUGAGCUGGAAGGACUGAAGACCUGGAUUCUCACGAAGCUGCCAGAAGGGAUUGACAAUCAGAGAGAAUGAAUCCUGAGCACGUAUUAAU